AUGCCGACCAUCUCAUCAGCAUGCAGCGCGGACCUUGCCACGACUUUUACUUCCUCUAAAUGGCCGAGUUUGAUCUCUACUUCGUGCGGAUCAUCUCCCCACGGGAGUAGCCAAGACCAGGCGAUCGACCUGGAUACAUGGCGACCGCACCCGUCAGUGCGAGACUCCAAAUCUUUCACUCCAGAUAUCAAGUUGGAGGAGAUCCCACCAAAUGUUGACGAACACGCUCCACCGGACGCGCAGGGCCGGUACCUCAUCAAGGACGAAGAGGGUGAGUUCCCCUGCACUCAAGCCAUUGCCAACACUAUUCUCAACGAGUGGCGACGGCAAAAUGGCCGAGCGGAAGUCAUCCCUUCAUACCUCGUGGGGGCCAAUGAACCCGCUCACAAAGUCAGAUUCUUGGGUGAUGAGCACCCGCCUGAGGCUGGACCCUCCAACUUCAAAGUCGACGACCUACCUCCGCUGAUCGGUCGUUCGUGUUUCUCCCUUGGAAUCCGCUGGAAGUUCCUGAACCUCGAGGGGCGCACAUACUGGCAGCCCAGCGACCCUUAG